CCGCUUAAAAUUGUUGUGUGUUCUUUGCGUAGUUCGACAACUAAAACAUCGACAUGAAGAUCCAUCUCAUAAUUGUUUUGGUAAUAUUGGGAAUCACCGUUGCCGAAGAAGAGUGUCCGACGUGUGAUUGGAGUAACGAAGUUCAUUGUGGAGAGGUUUCUGAUGGCACUUGUGUGUUCACUGCUCUAAACCGUUGCCAAGUCGAACGUGUUUCUUGUCGGCGAGAACAAAAAGGAUCUCCACCCUUUACCAAAAUAUACAAAGGAAAGUGCCCAUCGGACAAGCCGAAGUGCAAUAAGCCCUAAUAUUUCUUAUUUUUAUUGAAUAUACCUAUAUUAUAGGUUUAAAACUGUCUCGUUUACUCGUUAAACAUUAGAAGAACAUUAAAAAACAUUAUUCUCUGGCAGUA